GUUUAGAUUUCCAUUUACAGCUUUGUGGAUCUGUAACAUUUCAGGCAAACAUGGACCCUCCUCUCAGUUCACAAAAGAGGAAGCUGUGCAUGCAGCAGCUUCCGUUUAAAGCUUUCGACCAGCUCAGAUGCACACGGACAACCGUGAGGGAAAGGACAUUAAAAAAAAAUGCAAUGUGGAAAAUGAAAAUAGCCAGAAAGAGAAACUGAAUCUACAUCAGUUUGGUCUGUGGUGCACUUUUAGAGCAGAUGCAAAACUCUUGAACGUCGCCUCAAAAACAAGAUGCCAAGCUAUCAGCCUUGGUGCCAUGGCAAUAUAACCCGAUCCAAAGCUGAGGACCUGCUGUCUAAAGCCGGGAGAGAUGGAAGCUUCUUGAUCCGGGACAGUGAGUCCAUACAAGGGGCGUAUGCCCUCUGUGUUUUAUACCAGAACUGUGUUUACACCUACAGAAUCCUGCCAAAUGAAGAUAAGAGGCUUUCUGUCCAGGCGUCUGACGGAGUCCCCAUCAGGUUCUUCUCUCUGCUGGGUAAGCUGGUGGAGGCAUACUACAGUCCCAACAUGGGUCUUGUCACACACCUACAGUUUGCCGUCCACAGGGAGGAAGAGAUGGAGGAAGAGCCAGAAUCCAGUGAUCAACCGCCACAGCUUCCACCCAGGACCUUCUCAGCCAAUGAGCUGAAAGACAGUGACACCAAAUCGUCCGAACCAGCCUGCAAAUCCUUAUCUGAGAUCUACAUGAUGAGACUGCAGCAUACAGACAUGUCCACUCUUUCUGAGGAUCAUCAAAAGGCUAUCCAGGAAUACUUCAUGUCCUCAAUCUGUUUGGAUGCUGAACAAGUACAGAAUGGUAAUCCCAGCCUUCCUGGCCUGAAGAAGCUGACAGCAAAUAUCUGCAAGAAUCUGAACAGUGAAAUUUCCCGCAUUCUGCCAACUCUGGAGGUCUUUCGUAGAGUGCUGGACCAAGAGCUGUCCCCAGGCAUCGGACAGUUUCCAAAGCAGAGUUGUAACGAUUCAAGUCCAUUUGUGUGCUUUCGGCUUGAGCAACUAACAAAACUGCUCUACUCAAUAGAAGAUAAGGCUAAAAAUGUUGUGUUUGAAUCUGUUGGAUAUGACGGACGCCACCGAAAAUCUCUCAUUCCAGUUGUUACAUUUGAGGUCAAGACAGAAUCUCUUGGUAUUUCCACAAAAAUGUUCCUCAAAGUGGAUGUUGAAAGUGGCAAGCUCUUUUUUAAGAAGUCUAAAGAAGGGCCUGAAGAUAAAUACUAUGUGCACAAUAAAAUUCUGCAGCUGGUGAAAUCGCAGAAAAUGCAUGCCAAACUUGUCAUUUUGCUGGAGACAGAAAAGGAGAAGAUUUUGCGUAAAGAGUUUGUAUUUGAAGACACAAAGAAGAGAGAAGGAUUUUGUCAGCUGCUUCAGCAAAUGAAGAACAAACACUCCGAAAAGCCCGAGCCGGAUAUGAUCACUGUGUUUCUUGGAACUUGGAAUAUGGGAAAUGCCAGCCCUCCUCACGACAUCAAGUCCUGGUUUCAAUGUAAAGGUCAAGGCAAGACAAGUGACGACACUGCAGAUCAAAUCCCACAUGACAUUUAUGUCAUCGGGACACAGGAGGAUCCAUUAGGAGAGAGAGAGUGGACAGAAACAGUGAAAGGUGUCCUGAGGAACAUCACGAAUAUCAGCUUUAAACAAGUGGCCAUCCACACACUGUGGAACACGCGUAUUCUGGUUCUAGCAAAACCUGUGCACGAAAACAGGAUCUCCCAUGUUUUCUCAGACAGCGUGAAGACAGGAAUUGCCAACACUCUGGGAAACAAAGGAGCCGUUGGCGUGUCUUUCAUGUUUAAUGGUACGUCCUUUGGCUUUGUCAACAGUCACUUGACCUCUGGAAGUGAGAAGAAGCUCAGACGUAAUCAUAAUUAUAUCAACAUCCUGCGGUUUCUGAACUUGGGAGACAAGAAGCUGAAUCCAUUUGACAUUACGCAUCGGUUCACACACCUCUUCUGGCUGGGAGAUUUGAACUACAGGAUUGAAUUCCCUUCCACAGAAGCAGAACAGAUUGUGACAAAGAUCAAACAGCAGCAGUACCAGGAACUCCUCAGUAAAGAUCAGCUCAACAUGGAGAGGAAUGAGGGAAAAGUCUUCUUACACUUUGAUGAAGAGGAAAUCACGUUCCCACCGACAUAUCGUUUUGAAAGAGACACACGGGAGAAGUAUGCUUACACAAAGGCCAAAGCCACAGGGACAAAAUACAAUUUGCCAUCAUGGUGUGAUCGUGUCCUCCGGAAGUCCUACCCUCUGGUUCACGUUGUGUGCCAGUCAUACGGUUGCACCAAUGACAUCAUGACAAGUGAUCACUCGCCGGUUUUUGCCACUUUUGAAGUCGGAGUGGCCUCACAGUUUGUGUCGAAGCACGAUCCAACCAAUGCGACUCAAGGCGGGAUACAGAUCAUGAACUGUGUGGCCACCUUGUUGACAAAAUCAAAGACCAAGUUCUUCAUUGAAUUUCAUUCCAGCUGUUUGGAGAAAACUGUUAAGACCCCAGAGGGAGAGAACACGGAGCACUCCGACGGCUCAAUAAAAGUUUGGUUUGGAAACCAGGUUGAGCUCACCCCCAUCAUCUCUGACCCGGAGUACCUUUUGGACCAGCACAUCCUCAUCUGUGUGAAGUCCACCGACUGCGACGAGUCAUACGGAGAAGGUUGUGUUGUGCUGCGAGCGGCACAGCACAGCUACACAGAGUUUCAGAUCACACUGACUCACCAUGGUGAGAGGACGGGCACGCUGACAGGAGGUAUCCAGCUACGAACCGCUGAGGGCAAAACCACAGAGAAACUGUACGAUUUCAUCAAAGUUGAAAAGGAUGACCCUGUUGGUUCUAAAGUCAAAGGAGGUGACCUCAACAAGUUUACUGGUACACAAGCACAAAGUAUUAGUAACCCCAGUUACAUGGAACUGCCCCUCAAAACUGGUAAUGUCAUGGACCAGGGCUGGAGUUACACCAUGCCACCAAAAUCACUUCCAUUUGCUGGGCAAGUUACGAAGGAUUCUGCCAAGAAGCCUCCUUACGAUGUAGCCGUACACAGUCCCACCGGAAAACCCUUAACUCCCAUAGGAGACGCUGACAUGACAUCAGAGAUGUUUGACAAUCCUUUAUACGGUUCGAUGGGAAAAUCAAAUGCCUGCAGUAAAGAUCAGGACCAUCCGGAUGCCAACUUGAUGCCUUCCAAACCAGGUGUGGGUGCCCCGGUGCCCACACCACGUAUCCGAUCCUUCACCUGCUCCGACACCAAACCUCAAUAUCGGGCUCCACUCAGCCCCCAAAUGGCAUCUCACAAGAAACCCGUGGUGACCUCACGCUCAGAGGCAGGCAUGAUGAACAGCAAGCCUCCUUUACCCAUAAAGUCCAGGCCAGGCUUGCCAGAUCACCAGGUCUCCAAAUUCAGAGACUACAGGGACAGCUCAGAACUCCCCAGCAAACUCAAACUACCACCACGACCUGGCCAGCCACAACCCAAAGACAUACCUCCCUGACGUGUCAAAGAUGAGCUGUUGGAAAAAGUGUUAUCACACUGCGAUGUGUUGGUCAUCAAAUAAGCAGCUUCCUGCCCUGCAUUUUUAGAUUAAUAUAAAAUACACUGUAAACUCUUCAGCCUAUGCCUCAACAGAGAGUGGCUAUUUUGUUUUUGUUUUUUUGCCUGUUUGUUUGUGUGUGUGUGUGUGUGCCUGUGUUUGAACCAUUAAAGUGUAUUUUCAGGCUAUGUCUCUUCUAAGCUCAUAGCAAUGUUUGAAAUGUGCUGAAAUCUGUUGCAUUUCACUCUAGUAGCUGGUGAAUGUUUACCACACAGUAUUUUCUUGCACAGUGAUUGAGAUAAUUGUCAUGAAGAUGUACAAAUGAAUAGUCCAAUAAAUUAACUGUUAAAGCUGA